AUGAGACAAGAAACCAAAUUCCCCUUUGGGUCAGUAGUACCCCUAUGGAGCCGACAGAUUCCUUAUACUAUGGCGAAGUUUUUCUUCUUCGAGAAGAUUGUGCAGUUGUUCUAUGAUAAGGUGUUCAUACACCCGAAAGACUCCUACGCAAAGUCCACACAGCUUGGAAUAACCUUUGCCUCAGGUUAUUUGUCUGGCGUUAUCUGUGCGGUGGUUUCGCAUCCAGCAGAUUCGCUGGUCUCCCUGAUGGGCAAAGCAGAAAACAAAGGCAAAGGGUUUGGACAGAUGGCGCGCGAGAUGGGUUACGGUAAUUUAUUUACAAAGGGUUUAGGCACUCGCGUUUUGAUGAUCGGCACUUUGACGGGCCUUCAGUGGUGGAUAUAUGAUAGCUUCAAAGCUGCUAUGGGUAUGGGCACGACCGGCGGGGGAUCGGCGAAGAAAACAAAUUAA